AUGGCGGACCAGGACCACCGGCGGGAGCUGGAGGCGCUGCGGGCCGAGCUGGAGGCCGAGCGCCUGCGCGCGCAGGAGGCCCGGCGCCGCUGCGCGCUGGAGGCGCGGGAGCUGCGCGAGGCGGCGGAGCGCGAGCGGCAGCUGCUGGCCGACCAGCUCCGCUCCAAGUGGGAGCAGCAGCGGGCCCGCGAGGCGCGCCAGCUGAGGGAGGAGUGCCGCCGGCAGCGCGAGGCCGAGAUCCGGCAGCUGCUGCGCUGGAAGGAGGCGGAGCUGCGCGAGGCCCAGGAGCUGCUGCAGCGCGAGCGCGACGCCGCCAUGCGGCAGGCGCGGGACCUGCAGCGCCAGCUGGCCGAGGAGCUGGUGAGCCGCAGAGGCGGCGGCGGCGGCGGGGCCGGGCUGAGCGGGGAGUGCCGCGCCAGGCUGCAGGAGGUCUUGGGCAAGCUCCGCUGGGAGGUCGACGGCGACCAGGCGGCGCGCAUCCGCCACCUGAAGGCCGAGCUGGAGCUCGAGCGAAGCCUCUUCCUGAAAUACAUCCUGGAGCGCUUUGAGGGCGAGCAGGCUCCACCUGGCUGGCCGCAGAGAACCAGGCAGGCCCCCCUGCAGCAGCACAGCCUGGCCAAGAACAGGCCUCGUUCUUUGGAGAGCCUGGUCACCGGCUCCUCCGACGCUACAGCAGCGGCAGCAGCAGCCUCCAAGUCCCGCUCUUUGGACAGGAACCUGAGUAGAUGCGACUCUCCUCCCCGCCUGGUGUCACCACCUGAAGGAGGGUUCCCCAAAGACAGCAGCUGCCCACAGAGACCGUCUGCGCCCCAGAAUGCUUUGGAAAAUGAGACAUGUUCAGAUGAUGGAGCCAAGGAAGAGAAGUCUGUGCAUGCGCCUCCAGAAGGGAAAGUGAGCAGCAGCGGAUCUGGGCAAGAAAGUGUGCCUCCAGCAGCCACGCAGCAGCAAGGCUGGCUGGCUAGCAGCAGUUACAGUCAACUGGUGAAGCAGAACACAGAGCUCUUGAAAGCGCUGCUGGAUCUCGAGCAGCGGUGCACUCAUCUCAAGGAAGAGAACAUCCUGCUGAGGAAAAGUAGCUUCCCCGAGAUGAAAGAAAAAGUGAAGCGGCUGAAGAGGAAGAACGGGGAACUGGCUGACAUUGCGAAGCGUCUGGAGGAAAGAGCCAAGAAACUGCAAGAAUCCAGCCUUAAAGUUGGCAGUGCCCCAAUACCAUUAACGAUGACUUGCUCAGAUAUGAACCUUUAUAAGACCACAUUUGCCCGACAGAGGGCAAAAGACCUGAGUGAGCAAGCCAGUGCCCUGCUAGCUAAGGAUCAGCAGCUAGAAGCCUUACAGAGGGAGUGUUGGGAACUUCGGGCCAAACUAACCACAGGCAAGGAAAGAACAUAUUUAUUCAGUAUUAAUGAUUUUGAUCGCUUGCUGCGAGAAUCUCAGAGAGAAGUGCUACGAUUACAAAGACAGAUAAUGCUUAAGAACCUGAGGGAAUCUCUUCAGCCCUCCAAAAUAGGUUUAAAGGAUGCUUCUUCAUCAGUUAUGCAGGAAACACCCUCAACUAUUCAUGCUUGUUUAGAGUUCUCAUCUUUACCAAAGGAGUUGCCAAAAGCAUUGAGCACAUUGGUAAAAAAUGGAGAACCAGAAACAGCAUUAGGAAAUGGUGCUGAGAACAAUGAAAACUGUUCUUCAAAAACAAAUUCAAAUACUGAGUAUCAGUUACAGGUUUUGAAAAAGAAGUUUGUUGAAAAAUGCAAACAGUGUGAAAACCUGAAACAUGAAAUGGAGAAAAAACAGAAGACAAGUGAUGAUUUGGAGUUGCAACUUAAUGAAGUAUUAAGUGAAAAUGUCAGGUUUGCUGAGGAGAACUCUCAACUGCAUGAGAAAACUGAGAGAACACAAAAGAUUGAAAAUGAAAAUGCUGAACUCAAGAUAAAACUGUUGCAAGCAACUGAAGAUCGAAAUUCUGCAAUUCAGUUCACUAAGGGACUUGAAAUCAAAGUGGAGAAUUUAGAACACGUAAUUAGGAACAUGAAAGAGAUAGCAGAAAGACAGCAACAGUUAGAAUCUGAACAUAAGGAAACCUUAUUAGUUCUGAAAAACAAAGAGGAAGAAAUACAACACCUGCAGCAAAUACAAGCAGAAAUCAAAAGAGAACAUGAAGAAUCAGUACAGAUACUUGAAUCCCAAGUGAGAGAAUUAGAAAAUCAAUAUCAUAGUCAGACUGAACAUUUUAAUCUUCUAUCUCAAGAACUUGAGAGAUUACAAAUUAAAAAAUCUGGAAUCUUGGAAUCAGAAGUAUCACAAACAACAUGCAAUUCCUCAGUAACAAUCUGUCCAGAAAAACUGGAACAAGAGACCCAUCACAAUUUCCACUGCAAUAAGGACAUCAUCAAUAAAGAUUCUGCAUCCAUAGGUACUGCUGGUUUGCUCAAAAAAGCUGAUCAAUUAGAAUCUCAAGUAAACUCAUCUGGAUCUCUGCAGAACAGCUCUAAAUGUUGUCUUAACUCUGAAGAAGAAAAACCAGAUGAAGUAGCUCUGGAGACAGAUAAAGUUUCUAUAAACCUCCAGCUAGAAAAUCAAGUUUCUUCAAAACUUCAUGUCUUUUUAGCACGAUAUAGCUAUGAUCCUUUUGCAGGACCUAACAAGAAUCCUGAGGUGGAGCUUCCACUUACAGCAGGAGAAUAUGUUUAUAUCUAUGGGGGGAUGGAUGAGGAUGGCUUCUAUGAAGGGGAAUUGAUGGAUGGCAGAAGAGGAAUGGUGCCCUCUAAUUUGGUAGAAGAAGUUUCUCGUAAUGAUCUAAUGAGUUUUCUUCCUUCAGAGACCAGUGACUUUGCAUUGCAUGAAAUGGAUUUUCCCUGCCAAAGUACCAAUAGUGAAGAAAAAAGUGACAGCCCCGAUGAAGAUAGGAAUGUUAAUCUGCAGUCUAACAGAUUGGGAAGAGAACUGUGUGAUUAUCAGAUAGCAGUGCCUUAUCCUCAGAAUCUGACUCUUAUUAAACAGUUUUCUGGUUCCAUCAUUAUAAGCUGGGAUCCACCACAUAUGGUAGACAGCUGUGGAGGAGUUCAUAGCUAUAAUAUCUACGUCAAUACAGAUUUAUAUGCCAAUGUGAAGCACAGCAGUCAGAUGAAAGCAGUGAUUGAGAACCUGGAUUUGAACUUGCAUUCAUAUCGCAUCUCAGUGCAAAGUGUGACAGACAAAGGAAAUUCUGAUAAGAUGCGAUGUACUUUUCUUGUUGGAAAUAGUUUCCAUAUUGCACCAACACUCCUUCAACUUCGGAACAUCACUGCAACAUCAGCAGAAAUCACUUGGUUGCCAAGCAACAGUAACUAUUCUCAUGCUGUGUAUCUUAAUGAGAAAGAAUAUAAUGUAACAAAUUCAGGGGUCUACUGGUAUACUUUUCAAAACCUUGAACCAGGCAGCCAAUACAGUAUAAAAGUGGAAACCCAGGACUGUAACAAAGUGUUAGAGAUUCCUCAGGGAAACUGGGAGCGGAAAUCAGCAGCAAUUACUUUUACUACUCCAUCGACAGAACCACCGGAUGCGCCCCUUGAUGUCCAAGUACAACCUAGUUCUUCUGCUGGGUUUCUUGUUAUUACCUGGUUACCUGUAACAAUUGAUGCAGUAGGAUCAUCCAAUGGUGUUAAAGUCAUUGGUUAUGCUGUUUAUAUAAAUGGACAGAAAGUAACAGAAAGUAUGUCACCAACAUCUGGAAAUGUAUUACUAGCAGUGUCUCAAUUACAUACCUUCCAAGAGACUUUGAAGGUUUCCGUAAGAACUGUCUCUCCAUUUGGAGAAUCUGAAGACUCUGUACCAGCUUUAAUCCCUCCCACUCUGCUCAGAGUUCCUGGUUCAUUGUGGUCCAAGUCUGUCGCCUCCACCCAAGCCUCAGAGUUGACUGAGGAUGGGCACAUUCAUACAGUAACCGGUGCAUCAUCAUCCAUUUUCUCCCACAUGGACAUGGCCAAUACAGACACCAACUUCACAGUUCACUUCACCUCUGAUUGUAAAGAGCUGGUGGCUCCUAUGGUAGUGAACAUUUCCAGGAAUCCUAUGCCGUUCACCACCCAGAUGACGUCUCACAAUCAAGGUGAGAGUGAUUCCAUUCUAUGUAGAUCUAAUGGGAAGCAAUCUUCAGAUUAUGCAUUGCCUUCAUUAAUGUGUGAACAAUCAGCAAAUCCCAUGCUAAAAUUAAACCUACAUGCUGAAAAUAUGGAACGAGAAAAAGCUGUAUCUACGGCACAGCCAAACAGUACUAAAGUCAAGGUAUAUGGCCAAGAUACAGAUACGACUGCAAAAUAUCCAUCCAUCCAACACCGUGCUGUGAAUUCUGGUGCAAACUGCUCAGAUUCUGAGCCCAGUGUUUCUUCUAUAAAGCUUGAACAGAAGGACAGCUGCAGAGAUGGAGGAACCCGCAAAAUCUUUCUUCAGGAAGAAAUGGGUAGAUUGUCUAAGAAGAAACACACGAAGCAGAUGAAAUGGUUAUGCGAUGAACUGCCUGACCUUAGUGUGUCUCAAGUUGAAAACGAGGAAGAGCAACUAUCAAGAACUGAAAGUCGGGAGACUCAUUUUGGUGACCAAAAUGAUAUUCCUGAUUUCUCAGAUGGAGAAGAAGAGGAGAGCCUAGCAUAUAAAAGGAGCAUUUAUGUCCAGAAAGAUGCUGAACCACAGGAUAGAGCGAUACCUCCUGCAGAACUGGCAAAAGAUACCGGUAUGACCAUGACUUUGAAAGCUGAUCGAGUAACACCAUCAGUGCCUGAUUUUACCGACUCAGGAAGAUUAUUUGUCACCCUUUUUGACUAUGAUCCCAUAACUAUGUCACCUAAUUGCAAUACAGCUGAGGAAGAGCUAUCCUUUAAAAAGGGACAGAUUCUAAAGGUGAUUGGUGAUAAAGAUGUUGAUGGUUUUUACAGAGGUGAAUGUGAAGGAAAGGAAGGGUAUAUUCCUUGCAAUAUGGUGUCUGAAAUAUACAUUGAGAGUAAGAAAGUAAAAGAGCAUCUGUUAAAGAACAGUUACAUCGAGGAUGAAGACUUUUGAACAGGUUCUUUCUAUUGGAUGGUGGAGAGUAGGCUGCUGCUAUUUGGAUCAAAGCCAUAUUAAAAAGCAGGUUUGUAAACUACAAUUUGAAUACAUUUUCUAAUAUUUGUACUAAAACACCUUAUUUAUUAAAAUAUUUGUGAAAUGUAUGCUUUAUCAUCAAUUAAUGCCAUUGAGUCUUUCAUUUCAUUUUAAUAAGCAAAAGAAUUGCCAUUGUUGAGCUGUAAAACUGGUAUCCCUGACAGUGGUUCAUAUGAAUGUAUGUAAAAAUGAAAUAAAUGCAUUUCUUGAAAAUGCAAGCCUUUUUUCAGCCUCCAAAGAACCAUAACUUUUAGUCAAAAGUACUGUGCUUUUGUUCUUCUUUUG